UUUGGAGCUGCGACGCUAAACAUGGCGUGUUCCUAGAAGCCGCUUUCGGCAUCAGUAGGCGGCGGCGUGGGGACUGGCAGCGUGAGGCGCGGGACCAGCCGACGCCACUUCGUGUUGGGAAGUGGGAGCGGGAGGCCGGGCAAUUCCCGACCAAACUAAACGGUUUCCAUGGAUCUCAAUAGUGCCAGCACUGUUGUUCUUCAGGUCUUAACACAGGCCACCAGUCAGGAUACUGCUGUGUUAAAACCAGCUGAGGAGCAGUUGAAGCAGUGGGAGACACAGCCAGGUUUCUAUUCAGUGUUGCUGAAUAUUUUCACAAACCACACUUUGGAUAUAAAUGUAAGGUGGCUUGCUGUACUGUAUUUUAAACAUGGAAUUGAUCGCUACUGGAGACGUGUAGCACCUCAUGCUCUCUCAGAGGAGGAGAAAACUACUCUGCGUGCAGGGCUCAUCACCAACUUCAAUGAACCAAUAAACCAGAUUGCAACUCAGAUUGCAGUGCUGAUUGCAAAAGUUGCUAGAUUGGAUUGUCCCAGACAGUGGCCUGAACUAAUUCCCACUCUUAUAGAGUCUGUUAAAGUCCAGGAUGAUCUUCGACAGCACAGAGCAUUACUUACCUUCUAUCAUGUUACCAAGACACUGGCAUCUAAACGACUUGCUGCUGAUAGAAAACUAUUUUAUGAUUUAGCUUCUGGAAUUUAUAAUUUUGCCUGUUCUCUGUGGAAUCACCACACAGACACAUUCCUGCAACAAGUUUCUUCUGGCAAUGAAGCUGCAAUUCUGAGUUCAUUAGAACGAACUCUGCUAUCAUUGAAAGUGCUGCGUAAGUUAACUGUUAAUGGAUUUGUGGAACCUCAUAAGAAUGUGGAGGUGAUGGGUUUUUUACAUGGAAUAUUUGAACGUCUAAAACAGUUUCUGGAAUGCAGUAGAAGUAUAGGUGCAGAUAAUGUGUGUAGAGAUAGACUGGAAAAGACCAUCAUUCUUUUUACUAAAGUGCUUUUGGACUUCUUGGAUCAGCAUCCCUUUUCAUUUACUCCUCUAAUUCAGAGAUCACUGGAAUUUUCUGUAAGCUAUGUUUUUACAGAAGUUGGUGAAGGCGUUACAUUUGAACGAUUCAUUGUCCAAUGUAUGAAUCUUAUUAAGAUGAUUGUCAAAAAUUAUGCUUAUAAGCCAUCCAAAAAUUUUGAAGAUAGCAGCCCUGAAACUCUUGAAGCCCAUAAGAUUAAGAUGGCGUUCUUCACAUAUCCUACUUUGACAGAGAUAUGUAGAAGAUUAGUCUCUCAUUAUUUUCUAUUAACUGAAGAAGAACUGACAAUGUGGGAAGAAGACCCAGAAGGCUUUACAGUGGAAGAAACAGGAGGAGAUUCUUGGAAAUAUAGUUUGAGGCCAUGCACUGAAGUAUUAUUUAUAGAUAUAUUCCAUGAAUAUAAUCAGACUCUUACUCCUGUACUUCUAGAAAUGAUGCAUACACUUCAAGGACCCACAAAUGUGGAAGAUAUGAAUGCACUGUUAAUCAAAGAUGCUGUGUAUAAUGCUGUUGGAUUAGCUGCUUAUGAGCUCUUUGACAGUGUUGAUUUUGAUCAGUGGUUUAAAAACCAGCUUCUUCCAGAAUUACAAGUCAUUCACAAUAGGUAUAAGCCAUUGCGACGCAGGGUGAUUUGGCUCAUCGGUCAGUGGAUUUCUGUGAAAUUCAAGUCUGACUUAAGACCCAUGCUUUAUGAAGCAAUCUGUAACUUGCUUCAAGAUCAAGAUUUAGUGGUCCGUAUUGAAACAGCUACAACUUUGAAGUUAACUGUUGAUGAUUUUGAAUUUAGAACAGAUCAGUUUCUACCGUAUUUGGAAACCAUGUUCACACUACUUUUUCAGUUACUGCAGCAAGUUACAGAAUGUGACACAAAGAUGCAUGUUUUGCAUGUCCUUUCUUGUGUGAUCGAAAGAGUCAACAUGCAGAUACGACCAUAUGUGGGAUGUUUGGUACAAUAUUUGCCCCUCCUUUGGAAGCAGAGUGAAGAACACAAUAUGUUGAGAUGUGCUAUUUUGACAACACUUAUUCAUCUUGUUCAGGGAUUAGGAGCAGACAGCAAGAACCUGUACCCUUUCCUGCUCCCAGUUAUUCAACUGAGUACAGAUGUUUCACAGCCUCCACAUGUUUAUCUUCUGGAAGAUGGUUUAGAAUUAUGGUUAGUAACUUUGGAAAACAGUCCAUGUAUUACACCAGAGUUGCUUCGUAUAUUUCAGAAUAUGUCACCACUUCUUGAACUAAGUUCAGAAAAUCUUAGAACUUGCUUUAAGAUCAUCAAUGGUUAUAUCUUUUUAUCAUCAACAGAAUUUUUACAGACAUACGCAGUAGGUCUAUGCCAGUCCUUUUGUGAACUUUUAAAGGAAAUUACUACAGAAGGUCAAGUUCAGGUGCUCAAGGUUGUGGAAAAUGCCCUUAAAGUGAACCCAGUACUAGGUCCGCAAAUGUUUCAACCGAUUUUACCCUAUGUUUUCAAGGGUAUUAUAGAAGGGGAGAGGUAUCCUGUAGUGAUGUCCACGUAUCUUGGAGUUAUGGGUCGAGUUCUACUACAAAACACUAGUUUUUUUUCUUCACUACUCAAUGAGAUGGCCCAUAAAUUUAAUCAGGAGAUGGACCAGCUUUUGGGAAAUAUGAUUGAAAUGUGGGUUGAUCGAAUGGACAACAUUACCCAGCCUGAAAGAAGAAAACUUUCAGCUUUGGCUUUGCUCUCUCUUCUGCCAUCUGAUAAUAGACUUGCAUCCAAGGGUCCUUAAGCCAUUGUCUUCAUUGAUUCAUCUUCAGGCAAAUUCUAAUCCUUGGGAAUGUAACUGCAAACUUUUGGGCCUUCGAGACUGGCUAGCAUCUUCAGCCAUUACUCUAAACAUCUAUUGUCAGAAUCCCCCAUCCAUGCGUGGCAGAGCAUUACGUUAUAUUAACAUUACAAAUUGUGUUACGUCUUCAAUAAAUGUAUCCAGAGCUUGGGCUGUUGUAAAAUCUCCUCAUAUUCAUCACAAGACUACGGCGCUAAUGAUGGCCUGGCAUAAAGUAACCACAAAUGGCAAUCCUCUGGAAAAUACUGAGACUGAGAACAUUACUUUCUGGGAACGAAUUCCUACUUCACCUGCUGGUAGAUUUUUUCAAGAGAAUGCCUUUGGUAAUCCAUUAGAGACUACAGCAGUGUUACCUGUGCAAAUACAACUUACUACUUCUGUUACCUUGAACUUGGAAAAAAACAGUGCUCUACCGAUUGAUGCUGCUUCAAUGUCAGGGAAAACAUCUCUAAUUUGUACACAAGAAGUUGAGAAGUUGAAUGAGGCUUUUGACAUUUUGCUAGCUUUUUUCAUCUUAGCUUGUGUUUUAAUCAUUUUUUUGAUCUACAAAGUUGUUCAGUUUAAACAGAAACUAAAGGCAUCAGAAAACUCAAGGGAAAAUAGACUUGAAUACUACAGCUUUUAUCAGUCAGCAAGGUAUAAUGUAACUGCCUCAAUUUGUAACACUUCCCCAAAUUCUCUAGAAAGUCCUGGCUUGGAGCAGAUUCGACUUCAUAAACAAAUUGUUCCUGAAAAUGAGGCACAGGUCAUUCUUUUUGAACAUUCUGCUUUAUAACUCAACUAAAUAUUGUCUAUAAGAAACUUCAGUGUCAUGGACAUGAUUUAAACUGAAACCUUAUAGAAUUAUAUACUUUACUUGGAAAUAUAAUGAAUUAUAUCAGGUUAGCAUUAUUAAAAUAUGUUUUUAAUAAUUUGUGAACAGUAUUCAUUUAGCAAAUAUUUUCUUUGAUAUAUACUGUAUUAAGUAAUAAUAGCUAACAUUUCUGUGUAUCAAGCACUGUGCCAAAUAUUUCACAUUUCACAUUUAAUCUGUGAAUAGUCUUGAAAGGUGGUACUAUUUAUACUUUACAGGUGAGAAAACUUAGAGUUUAAGUAACUAUGCCAAAUUCUCACAGCUUGUUAACACUUUUUGGGCCUCUCUGACUAGAGCUCAUGCUUUCAGUUUUAUGCUAUAUUGCUGCUUUGGUUCUAGGAUUGUAAUAUAAAAAAAUAGACAUGGUUCUUAUUCUAGGUAGAGCUUGAAAUUUAGAGGAGGAGAUAUAUGGUUACUGCACAGUGCGAUGAUAAGUACUGUACUUGGAGAUGCUGUUGAGUAUAACAUUUGUGGAGGUGAGAGAUGGCUUUAUGAAGAAAGUGACAUCAAAACUGGAUCACGAAGAAUAAAUAGAAACAGUGAAGAGAGCUGAGUAACAUCGUGUCAGAGGGGUUAACAGAAGAAAACAUGCUGCUUUUCAGGAACUAAAAUUCAGUACAGCUGGCGUUGUGAAUGAUGGUGUGCGAUUUAAAGCCCAAAAGAGAGAUCAGGUGAUGAAAGCUUUGUAGUUACAUGCUUUAUCUUGAGGGCAACAGAGAGCCAUUGAAGGAUUUUUAAGCAGUAGAGUGAAAUGAUUAGAUUUACCCUUUAGAAAUUUCCCUCUUUCUGGAAGGAACAAUAAAACCGGAGCCAGAAUUAGUUGAGUAGGAAUCUGAAUUACUAACCCAGGGGAAAGAUGCUAGAGGCCUGGGCCAGGAUACUGGCAAAAAGGAUGGAUGAAUCCAGAGGUACUUUGAAAGUAAGAUGAACUGCCUUGGUGAUUGGUUGAGGGGUGGCAGGGGAGGGAGAAGUCAAAGAUGUUAGGUUUUUGGCUUAGGCAGUUUUGUGCUGUAUUUACUAAGCUAAGGAAAGAAAAGGGGUGGGGCAAAAUAAUGAGUUCAGUUUUAGACAGAUUAAAUCUGAGGUUCUUAUUAGAUCUCCAAAUGGAAAUAUAUAUCAUGCAGAAAUUCAGAAGUGAGGUCUUAUGGUAAAGGCCAAUAAUUCCUAAACUUUCAUCUGUCCAGUACACUGGAAGUGUAUGAUGCACCCUUUACAGUAACAAUAACCAUUUGAGCUGUGGUUUUGGGAGAUAGGUAAGUGGGGAAGAAUAAGACCUUGUAGAAGUUGAGAGAGUCCCUAGGAGAUGUUAGUGCCCUUGAUUAAGAAUCUUUAAUAUAGAUGGCAAUUGAAGUCAUAGAGGUAAUAUAAUGUUUAUUAGCAUAAAUUUGUACUUGCAGAAUAUUUGUACUGCAGAAUAUUAGGGAUUAUAGUAAGUGCCUAUGCUUGUUGGUUCGUUAAUAGUGACCUGAACCACAAAUAUGUAUUUAAAAUUGUUUCUUAAGCAUUAUAUCUUUCAUGUUUGUGUCUGUUCUUCCUUUUCCCCGAAAUUUGUGUUUUUUAAUUACUGAAAAAUACAAUCCAUAUGAAAUUAGCCUGGAACAUGUUAUCUGGGAGUAUUUAAACCAAAUGAUAAUUAUCAAGUUCAUAUUGUGAAAUGAAAAUAAUUAUAAUAAAAUGCAAUAUUGUUUAUUCUACUAUAA